AUGUCGCAACGCCAUGCCCUCUCGGACGACCAGGUCGCGGGCGAGCUCCGCAAGAUGACAGCGUUCAUCAAGCAGGAAGCUCUCGAAAAGUCCAAAGAAAUCCACAUCAAGGCCGACGAGGAAUUCGCCAUUGAGAAAUCCAAACUGGUCCGUCAAGAGAUCGCUGCUAUCGACGCCCUAUAUGAGAAGAAAUUCAAACAAGCCGCCAUGUCCCAGCAAAUCACCCGCUCCACACUCUCGAAUCGUACCCGUCUGCGAGUCCUCUCGGCUCGUCAGGAGUUGCUCGAUGAGCUCUUCCAGCGCGCUCGUGAAGAGGUUACCACGUCAACCAAGGAUGCGAAGAAGUAUCAGAGCAUAUUGGCUAAUUUGAUUUUGGAGGGUCUCUACUAUCUGAAUGAAGACAAGGUGGCGGUACAAGCCCGGAAGAAGGAUAAUGAUGUGGUCAAGAAGGCCAUUGAGGAUGCAAAGAAGGAAUUCAAGGACAAGGUUGGCAGGGAUGUGACGAUAGUUCUUGAUGAGAGCGACCCGCUGCCAGAUGGAUCAGCGGGCGGUGUUUCUAUCGUUGGUGGCGGCGGUAAGAUUGAUAUCAACAACACUUUUGAAGAGCGACUGCGACUUUUGGAGAUCGACGCACUGCCAGCUGUUCGCGAGACACUAUUCGGAAAGAAUGUGAACCGCAAGUUCUACGAUUAG